GACACAGACACAGAGGAGCUCCAACUCGAAAAUCUCCACCAACUUUGCCACCGCAGUCGUCCUGGCAGACUUGUGUCGCCAAUCCAGGUCUGACUGCCGGCCGGCCCUGCCCUACUGACUCUAAACAUACAAGAGUUAUCAUGCAAUUAUAAUGCAAUACUUUGCACGCACACAUCGCUUAAAAGGCACGCACGAUGCACUCCUACGCGCGUUUUUCGCGCUCGUUUUUCAAUGUGGGAAAUGCGCAGCUUCCAUAGGAAUUUCAUGCAUCCAUGCGCACAUGCAUUAACUGCACGGCGGGAAAGCAAGCUGGUUCGUGUCGGUUGCUUGCUUGUUUCUCCUACAUUAGCACGCCCCGCGAGGUUCUUGGUCGCCUUCAGAGCAACUAACGAUAUAUUGUUGUGUCAUAAAGCAGCGACUUGGCUCGACUCUCGGACAGACCCGGCACGCGCAUGGCAAGCGCGCAGCAGCCUGGCGCGUGCCUCGCGGCGCCCCCUCCAAUUCGCCAGCAUCACUUUUGCGUUGAUGAUAAUCAAAUACUUUUGCAAGUUGUCCGCGUUCAAAGGUCGCGCCAGCAGUCCAGCGCGGCCCACUCUUCCACACCGAGUGGCCACUCCUACUGGCCGCUGGUCGACCCGACAGCAUAUUCAACAUACAUAGGUCACGAAGUAAAUUGAGACAGUUCCGCUGCGGAUUGCCGAUGGCCGCGUUCAGCCUGUCAAUUGCACUGCUUGCACUCGCGGCGACUCGCUCGGUUGUCGCUUACCCGGAACUAAUUGAGGAAUACCCAUCGUGUAGUGCUCACCCAGAGCGUAACGAUGUUUUCCCUCACCACUGGUUCGUGGUUCCGGACCCGACCGGCACUGCAUGGACGGCCUACUUAGACGGCGAGCUGCUGGAUGGGCGCCUGUGCCCUGGCCACACGCACUCUGUCCUGGUGAGCUACCAGGACAGGACCGGCGGCCCCGACAAGCGGCGUGCGCUGCUGACGUCAUCAAUCGGCCAGCUGCGUGCUGUGGGCGGCGUGGAGACGGCGCCGGGCGUGUUCAAAGACCCCAGCUGUGAGAACCGGCUGUACCUGGCGCCGCAUAGCAGCUCCGUGCCUGGGUACAUUGAGCUGGACGCGGCGCUGCCGACCUCUUACAGCGUGACGCUGACGCUGCCGUGCUCGGCCUCGGGCGCUACCGUGGAGCUCAAGUCGUCCUCGGCCACACACGAGUGCCUCACCAACUGCGGCUAUUCCAACCUGAUGGUGGGCACAUGGACUGUGCCCGUGGAUCCCGAGUGUGCAGCGCCCGCCUGCCGUCCGCCCGAGUCACCGCCGCCGCCUCCCUCCCCCGCGCCGCCACCCUCGCCCCCGCCCUCCCCCCGCCCGCCCUCUCCACCACCCCCAAGCCCUGAGCCGCCCAUCGACCUCAGUGCCCCACGGCGCCCACCCUCUCCUCCUCCGCCGCCCUCGCCUCCCAGCCCGGCUCCCGAGCUGCCGCCGUCGCCACCCGCCCCACCCCCCUCGCCUCCGGCACCUCGGCCCCCGCGGCCCUCGCCGCCGCCCCGCCCGCCGCCCUCUGGUGCCCUGCAGGGCGACGGCAUUUUCGUGGACCCGCCCUUUCCCCCCGGUGCCCCGCAGCCGCCUGCACCGCCAGCCAGUUGCGAGCCCUCAUCGCUGUCCUACGCCUGCUCCAAGAUGCUGGGGCAGGUGCGGCUGCACUGGACGAUUGGCGGCGCCGCACCGCCAGCCAACGACUGCACCGGACCCGCACCGCGCGCCCUCAGCAGCGCGGGGGAGGCGCUGGUGCACUUUGGGGUGGAGGGGCCGGGCGUGUCCGGGUACGUGUCGCUGGGCUUCCCCGAGAACCCCGACCUCAUGUACGAUGCCGACAUGGUGCUGGGGUGGGUGUCGGCUGACGGGCGGGGUGUGGUGGAGACAUACCACGUCACCAGCUACGAGAUGAGCGCCACUGACGUGGUGUCGCAAGACUGGGCGCUGGGGUCUGGUGUGGUGGAGAAGCGCGGCGCGGACGGCUCUCCCACCACCAUCAUGUGCUUCAGCCGCCGCGUAGCGGAGCCCCUUGCGCGCAGCUCGCCCCUACUGGACAUGAAUGACGGCACCAUCAAGUACAGCUGGGCUGUGAGCCCGGAGGACGCUCUGGUGGAGCACCCGCCCAACGGCUACGGCGCAGGUCUGGUCAACCUGCGAUCUGGGACGAGCUCCGCCAUCACCGUCAAGGACAACUCCAAGAUCAUUAUCGCGCACGGGGUGCUCAUGGCCGUGGCGUGGGUGCUGCUGCUGCCCCUGGGAGCCAUGGCGCCGGCACACAGGUGGCUAUUCCGCGGGCGCAUGUGGGGCAGCAAGGCCGCCUGGUUCUGGGUCCACUUCGUCGGCCAGCUGGGCGGCUUCGGCAUCUUCUGCGCCGGCUUCAUCCUGGCCAUGGUGGCGUUCGACCGGCCGCAGGGCGGCACGCUGACGUCCUCGCACGCCAUCAUGGGCUACGUGGUGGCAGGCAUGGCGGGGCUGCAGAUGGUCGUGGCCUUCAUGCGACCCGACCCCGGCACCAAGCUGCGCGUGAUGCUGUGGAACCCACUGCACAUGAACCUGGGCCGAGCCACCACGCUGCUGGCGUGGGCCACGUGCCUUGUCGGCGCCGCCGUACAUUCCGAGAGCAUUUGCAAGGCGCCCAUCGUCCCCUGGGUCGCAACGCUGGGCAGCGCGAUGGGUCUGAUCCUGCUGGCGGACUGGGCGCUUCGGGAUGCGCGGUCCCGCAAGGCGGACAAGGAGCUCCAGGAUAUGAAGUCGAGGCGGUAUCCGACGGACGCGGUGCCUGUGAAUGUGGCCGUGGCAGCGGAUGUGGUUGCGAAGGAGAAGGCGGCGCCGGUCCGGCCAAUUGUGGACCCUGGCAAUCCGGUGGUGACGGUGUUGGCAGGUGACUCGGAUUCCGGGAUUGGGCCGCGUGCGGGUGUGAAGGGCGCGCUGCCGACCACCCCAAGCAGCGGCUCGGGCUCAGCCGUGGCUGACAGCGAUGUGCAGAUUGUUGUGCAGACGCAACGAACGGGCUAAUGACUUUGUCGGCACACGUAUGGUGCUUUCCAAGCUUGUUCUAGGCCUCUAGGGUCUAAAUUCUUGUACCGGGUGACAGCUGCCUAGCACACCAUAGGACGUGGGCCCGGGCCGCUACCGGUAUCACGGAACCUGGGCUGUGGCAUGCAUGCAUGGCCGGAGGUGGCGCUGGUGCCACCCUGUGUAGCACUCACGGCUGUAGCCGCUGUGAUCAUAAGUAUCUAGCGUAGCCUUUGGGAUCUCCUAAACAGACAUUAGCCAGCUUAGCGCACACCAUAUGAGCACCGAGUGGGGCGACGCACACGAUGCCUGCUACGGUGCUACGGAGGCUUGCGUGCACCCAGGCGUACGUAGGUGUGAGCGUUGCGAUUGUUUCCGUUUUCCAAGAUGCAACGGAGCUCCAAGUACGGCUUGCAACCAACGUAGCAACUUAUGUGAUUGCAUUGAAUGUGGUCUAUGAUAUGUGUAUGUGUGUGGGGGGGGGGGGAUGUGCUUCCUGGUUUGAAGCAGGUGCUGCAUGCAAAUGAACAAUAUGUUGCCAUUUGGCCCCUUGAGGUGGGCAGCAUCUGAUUGGGCCUGGAUUCAAGUGAGCUGCUGGCAUAACAGUGCUUUUGCUACUUUCUUCGAUUUCGAGGUGUGGGUUGCAGGGGCGCGGUGACACUGCUAAAAUGACGGAAAACAUGGUGCAUUGCAAGGAGGCGGGCGGAAGAAGGGGAUUGAACAUUGGGUCAAAGGCUGCAUCGCAGUCGCUCCAACCGUAUGUGCUUGCGACAGCCACACUGAUUCGCUAUGACAGAAGGCCUAGCUUGCUCCUUUUUACUACUGAACUGGCUCUGCGGCAAGUAUUUGUAAACUGUGUGAGCUUGGCAGCUUGCCCACCGCGCAUGCGCUGCCUCCGCCAUAGCUGGGGUGUCACGUGUGUAUGAUCACGCCAUAAGCCAUAGGAG